AUUAAUUAAUUAAUCCAUUUAAACUUCAUCAAACCAGCUAGUAUCUCCAAAUAUUUAUUCAUCAUCAAUUUCUUAAACUAAAAUUUCUUCCUCAAUAAUCCAGAUCUUAUCUCCAUCUUCACUCACUGAAUUAUUCUAUCAAUUCAUCGUGAUCAUUUCUGUUUCAUUCAUAAUAAGAAGAAAAAAAACACGGUAACCGAUUCAAAUCGGCGUACUUAAAUCGAUGGCCGGCGCCGCUUCGGCGCUCUUUCUACUGGAUAUAAAAGGCCGUGUCCUGAUUUGGCGCGAUUAUCGCGGUGACGUGUCUUCCGUUCAAGCCGAACGCUUCUUCACCAAGCUUAUCGAGAAAGAGGGAGAUCCAGAGUCACAUGAUCCAGUUGUAUAUGACAAUGGAAUCACUUACAUGUUUGUACAACACAAUAAUAUUUACUUAAUGAUUGCCUCUAGGCAGAAUUGCAAUGCUGCUAGCCUUCUUUUAUUUCUUCACCGUUUAAUCGAUGUGUUUAAGCAUUAUUUUGAAGAGUUGGAAGAGGAAUCUUUGAGAGAUAACUUCGUUGUCGUGUAUGAAUUGCUUGAUGAAAUUAUGGACUUCGGUUUCCCUCAAUUUACUGAAGCAAAGAUUCUCAGUGAGUUUAUUAAGACUGAUGCUUAUAGAAUGGAAGUCACUCAACGACCUCCUAUGGCUGUAACAAACGCUGUUUCUUGGCGUAGUGAAGGAAUUCGGUACAAAAAGAAUGAAGUUUUUUUAGAUGUGGUAGAGAGUGUCAACAUACUUGUCAACAGCAAUGGACAAAUAGUACGCUCAGAUGUUGUUGGAGCGCUAAAGAUGAGAACAUAUUUGAGUGGCAUGCCUGAAUGUAAGCUUGGCCUAAAUGAUAGAGUGCUUUUGGAGGCUCAAGGUCGAGCAACAAAAGGGAAAUCUAUUGAUCUGGAUGAUAUCAAGUUUCAUCAGUGUGUACGUCUGGCUAGAUUUGAAAAUGACCGGACAAUAUCCUUCGUACCGCCAGAUGGAGCUUUCGAUUUGAUGACAUAUAGGCUUAGUACUCAGGUAAAACCUCUCAUUUGGGUGGAAGCUCAAGUUGAAAGGCAUUCCAGAAGUAGAGUUGAGAUAAUGGUAAAAGCUCGGAGCCAGUUCAAGGAGCGCAGCACUGCAACUAAUGUUGAAAUCGAAUUGCCCGUGCCAUCUGACGCAACAAAUCCUAAUAUUCGGUCAUCAAUGGGUUCUGCUACAUAUGCCCCUGAAAAUGAUGCUUUGGUCUGGAAAAUCAAGUCUUUCUCUGGUAAUAAGGAGUACAUGUUGAGGGCAGAGUUUAAACUUCCUAGUAUAACAGCUGAAGAAGCUGCUCCGGAGAGAAAAGCUCCAAUUCGUGUGAAGUUUGAGAUACCAUAUUUUACUGUAUCUGGUAUUCAGGUUCGCUACCUAAAGAUCAUCGAAAAAAGUGGAUAUCACGCUCUGCCCUGGGUCAGAUACAUAACAAUGGCCGGCGAAUAUGAAUUGAGACUAAUAUAAGAAUCUGUUGAUUGUAUUAUCUCUUCAAGUCGCGUAUAUACACAUGGGUAUGCACUAAUCUUCUGAUCAUGUUGAUUUUCAAGUGGAGGCUUCUCCCAAAUUUUGGUUAUUUUAGCAGGAGUUUGUUGUUCAGGUGUUUUUCCCUCAUUAUUCAUUUUCUUAAUUCUGUUUUUGAUGUAACUGUAAUCAGGGGUCCAAUUUUCGCCAAAGAAAUAUUUGCAAUUAUUUUCUGUUGGAAUUUUACAUAUAUAAGUUUAUGUUGGAAUUUACAUA